AUGUCUCCUUCCAAGACAUCACGGCCCUCGUCUGGCCCUGAACCGCCUAUACCUUCGGGAAGCCUGCCGAUCUCUAUCUCUUCAGGAUCUCCAUCUUCCAUACGUGCCAUGACGGCACCUCCAAGGGCUUUCUCCAAUGCCAGCCGACAUUCCAAUUCUUAUAGUAUGUCCCGUUCCAUUACAAGUUCAUCCCACCCCUCAAGACAACGCCGUCAGAAUAGCACAGCAUCUGGGCGGAAGUCUCUCUGGGGGUCUGACUCGCAUGUUGUCAUAUGUGCCAUCGCCGAGGCGCGUGGAGUAGCACCAUCCGUUGGCCUUUCUUUCAUAAAUAUCACCACAAAUGAAGCAGUCCUGAGCCAGAUAUGUGAUACGCAGUUCUAUGUUCGGACCAUACACAAACUCCAGAUGUAUGAGCCGUCUACAAUCCUGAUGGUAAACACCGCACUCCCACCUAACCCCAAGUCCAAUCUUCUUUCUAUCAUCGAAGUAGAACUCCCUGCCACCACAGUUGAACCGCUUGAUCGUAAGUAUUGGUCUGAAAAUGCUGGGCUGGAAUUCAUUCAGAGUCUUGCCUUUCGAGAUGAUCUCGAAGCAAUAAAGGUGGCCAUCGGUGGCAACUUCUAUGCCACUUGUUCUUUCGCUGCUGCCGUCAAGUACGUAGAGCUCUCCUGUCGCGUAUCAAUUGCGGCCCAUUCCUUGCGUAUUCGGUAUCAGCCAUCUGAAAAUACGAUGAUGAUCGAUCUAUCAACUAUUCACUCUUUAGAAUUAAUUCAGAAUCUGCAUGAGCCGAGGUCAAAAGACUGUCUUUUCGGCCUCCUAAACCAAUGUCUCACUCCAAUGGGCUCGAGAAUGUUGAGAAGCAAUAUAAUACAGCCCUCAAGCCAGAUUGAGAGUGUCCUCAUUCCCCGUUACGAGGCACUCGAGGAGCUCACCAUGAAGGAAGACAUGUUCUUUGAGAUACGUAAAGCUCUCAAAGAGUUCACAGAUGUUGAGAAGCUCCUUACAAGUCUUGUUAUCGUCCCGCAGCAAUCAUCAAUAUCUGCAACCGAAUCCGCGAUAGAUUUAGUUCUGAGAGUGAAGGCAUUUGUCAUUGCUGUUCCCCAACUGCGAGUGGCGCUGGCAGCUGCACGAACAGACCUCUUGAAGCGGAUAUAUGGCUUAUGCGGAGUAAGCGUGACCCAACUAGUGAUGAACAUAAUCACAGACACGAUCAAUGACGAUGUCAUCGCGAUGAAAGCACCGAUUGAUAUGCGAAAUCAAAGGACAUAUGCUGUGAAGUCUGGUGUUUAUGGCCUCUUAGACAUUGCUCGACAAACAUACAAAGAGGCAACAGAAGAUGUAUAUCGACACAUUGAUGAACUCAACAAAGAACAUGAGCUUGCGGUUGAGGUCAAAUUUGAUAAUCGCCGCAGAUUCUGGCUGCGACUGGAACGGAACGAGUUCGAAGACCGACAACUUCCUGACGUAUUCAUCAACAAAGUCAUCAGGAACCGGUGGAUUGAGUGUCAGACACUCAUAUUAGUUCAGCUAAAUAACCGGAUUACCGAUUCCCACAACGAAGCCGUGAUGCUAAGCGAGGAUAUUAUUCAACAAGUUCUCGAUGACAUCCGCGAACAUGUCCCUGAACUGUUUCGUGUAUGUGAGGGUAUUGCCCUCCUGGAUAUGGUAGCAUCAUUUGCACAGUCAGCAACUACAAGGGAAUACACGCGGCCUGAAAUCAGUGGAACCUUAGCUUUGAAAAGCGCACGGAAUCCGAUCUGCGAACGUUUAAAUCCCGAGCGUUUCGUCCCUAACGAUGCUUACGCAGACGAACUGCAUCGAUUUCAAAUCAUCUCUGGCUGUAAUAUGAGCGGGAAAAGCACUUAUAUAAAAAUGGUCGCACUCAUGCAGGUCAUGGCUCAGAUUGGAUCUUUUGUUCCGGCUCAAUAUGCAGCGUUCCCAAUUUUUCAGCAGCUCUUUGUGCGACUGUCUACCGAUGACAAUAUCGAAGCCAAUAUGUCAACAUUCUCACUCGAAAUGAGAGAAAUGGCUUUUAUUCUGAGGAAUAUCAACAAAGAUAGCCUAACCAUUAUUGAUGAAUUAGGUCGCGGAACAAGCUCCAGAGAUGGUCUGGCCAUUGCCCUUGCUAUAUCAGAAGCACUCAUUCAGAGCGGUUCUAUUGUUUGGUUUGCAACUCAUUUCCAAGAACUCUCGAGAAUACUUGGUAGUCGGCCAGGUGUGCUCAACCUCCAUCUAGAAACGGAUGUCUCGAGUCCAUCUGAAGAUCAACCUCAAAUAACUAUGCUCUACAAGAUUAAGUCGGGUUCAGUACAAGAGAAAAAUUACGGGAUCAAACUUGCAAAAGCUAUGGGUUUCCCUGAUAGCUUUAUCGAAACCGCGCAAGACGUUUCACAGACAUUAUCAGAUUCUAUAGAACGACGGAAAGCCGCAUCCGACUCGAGACAACUGAUCCGCCAGCGCAAGGUCAUUCUUAAUUUGCACUCAAUGCUGACACAGUUGAAGGAAUCAGAAAUUGAUGAUACGGCCAUGGGCAGCUACCUUAGGCACCUCCAAGAUGAAUUCGUUCUACAAAUGGAUAGCACUAUUGAAGAAGGGAAUAUAAAAGGACAAACUGAGCCUUUCUCCAUCUAA